UUUGUUACUCACAUCAGGCCCGGGAUGGCUUUUGCCAGCCUGAAGUAGCGGCUCACUGCUCUCGCAUUCACAGCUGUGAUCACGGGCAAGGGAUAAUAGCGGGAUUUGCUCUCGAGCCGAUGAGAUGGUACCAAGCAAGACAGCGGUGUCUGAUGCUCCAGUUUAAUAGAAAUGUUCCUGCAGUUCCAGAGAACUUGGCUCUCAGAUUCUCUCACCCCCGUCCAAUUAUAAUAGAAAAACUGAAGGUGUCCAGUGAUCAGAGAAAUCUCAUUGGAAAUGAGGACCUCAGCCUGAGAAGCUCUGGGAUGUUCUCAGUGGUAUCUGAAGAGAGACUUAAAUUGGCUGUUCAGCUGGCAAAAAGGGACAUCAAACAAAGACGUCUCAAAGAACAAGUGAAGCAGCAGGUAUUUGGAGAUGUCCUCAGUACACCGUUGUGGGCCCAGAAAUCACAGCCGCAGAAGACUGAAGUAUUUGCAAGUCGAGAAAAUAAAAAUACCCUGAAGUCUCAGACUCACUUGACAUGUCAGCAGAGGCUUGCCCAGCCUUCCCGAGGGGGGUCUGCCAGCUCUGACACGAACGUUCAUCUCUGUGCAGUUAAGGAAGGAGAGCCAAUACCAGCUGUUUUGGACUCUCCUCCCACUCAGGACACAGGACCAGACCCCAAGCAAAAUUUAAAUAAAAAAACCCAUCAAAAUAUGCUGGAAGUCCAACGUCUGCAAAAAGAAUUGAGGAGCUAUGUCCAGAAAAUUGAAGAUAUUAUUAAAAAAGGGAGAGAUAGAGAACUUCUAGAUCCUGAAAAUGAGCAGCGGCUUUGCAGUAGGAGACAGCAACAGGCUGCACGGUCAGCUCGGAUGCUGUAUGUGCUCCAGCAACAGUUUAGAUCUGAAUGGUGUGACUGGUUUCCUUCAUGGCUGGACAGAGAGGUAAAAGAAAUUCAGGAUGAUUUAGAGAAACUGAGUCCUCAUACAAUCAAACAUACUAAAAAGUCUCGAGCAGUAUCCAGGUUGGCAGCAGCACACAGAGGAGCUGUACGAACCUUGCAGGCAUUUGCCAAUCAGUUUACAGAUCAAACAGAUGAGCAGAUUCCUGCCCACUACAAGGAACUGGGCAGUCUCAUUCGUCAGCUGUCUCUCUGCUCCGCCAAACUAGAAGGGAAUUCUUCCAUUUCUGAAGCUAUCAUAGACAUUUUGCUGCAAGUCGAGGAUCUAAAUUCACUGCUGGAAAGCAAGCAAACACCAAAAGCAGUGAAGAAAUGCAUUUCAGCUUCUCAGGCCAAAUCUCCAAGGAACACCGAGACGUUUCCAGACAGAAAGCACUUUCUGUCUCCAAAAGGACAAAAGAAACCUCUCACCUUAAAGGGACAGCAUGGACAAGAGUCUAAAAAACCUCCAUGUGCCAGGAGGCUUUUGACUGCAGUUCAACAGACAAACAGUUGUGCUCAUACAUUACACAAUAAAUGCCAAGAAGAAAGUGGUCCACCUACUUCAGAGAGAAAUGCCACUUUGCAAGGAAGCACAGAUGUACUGGUGAGAGCUAGAGCUGUAAAAAAGGAUUCUGUCCUUGAAAGUGGUGCUUUGAAGAAGAAAGUUGUGUUAUUGCCUGCAAAACCACAGGGAAUGCUGAAAUCUUUAAAAUCAAGACGGGCAAACCCUCCAGGAAAGCAUGCCCGAUUUCAAGAACCAACUAUAGCUUUCCAACUAAAAGAGAACAGACGACCUGCUAAGGAGAGCAAAAUGCCUUGCGUGCCUUCAAAGCCUCCAGCUCGGUGUGUUUCACCUAAGCGACUAGCAAGGCUUGAAGCAAAAAAUUCAAGAGGAGUGAAGAUUCUAACUGACCUUUGCAGAGGAGAAAUGGAAAAAAUACAGAAGUUAAGGUCACAAACUCUUUCUCCAUCCCCGUGUGCAGACAAAGCUGGGAAGGAGACACAGGAGUGGUCAGAGCCUCCAUUAGACAGGACACAGGAGCAGGUUGCAACAAAUGCAGAUAUUCUGAGUGAAGAGCUAUUGGAUGAUCUUUUGGAAGAUACUGCUCAGGAGCUGUGGAGCAUGGAUCAGCAGGAGAGACUCCAGGCUGAGGCCCUGCCUGUGGCUGACACCCAUAGCCUGGAGUCAAUGUUGCAAAGAAUGGAAGAAAUUGAAAGGUACCAGGAGGCUGUCCGCAGGAGAGUCACCCAGAUUGUCUACAGUGACUCCCAGUUCUGGGCCCAGGAGGACAAAAUGGAACAACAAAUGGCAUCAACAGCUAAAAAACUUACAUCUCCUCAUCCAGUUCAGAUAACCAAAUUAAUCAGACACGGAGAACUGGAAACAGACAUUUUAUUUGAGGAACCUUUUGACCCCACUGUUAUUGAUGAAAAUAAAGAAGCAGAUGAGAAAUUGCAGACUGGAAAUGACAUUCUGCAGCCCUUGCCUCUGAAUUCUCUACAGAAAGCAUAUUCUGUGUCUCUCUCUGUGCCAAGCAAUGUGCUCCAGAGCAUCUUGGAUUAUAACAGCAGAUACAAGCAUCAUUUAAAGCUUAUUUCCCAUGAGGUCGUGGGCAGUUUCAAUCCAUGGCAGAUUGCUGAGAGUCUUGCAGAGCAACUGACAGAAGAAGCCCUGUGUGACGUGGCAGCAGAGCUGCAGGAUGUUUGUGAGGACUAUGCAGAAGCUGUAUUCACGUCAGAGUUUUUGCAGCCUGUGCAGUGAAUUCUUUCCCACCUGUUCCAUCAACGUCAGCCUCAACAGUCUGUGACGUUUUCUGCUCUGGAUCUCCAUCAAAGAUUCAUCUUAGGUUUUUAUAAAGCCAUUAUUAUAACAUUUUCCUUUUCCGAAAGGACAUGCUUGCUUUUCCUUUUUUUGGCUAAUCACCUUAGCACAUGCUACCCUGGAGUGAGUUCUUUUGGAGAUGUAGCAAUCCAGGGAAGGAUUCUCAUGGCACAGCACAAAUAUGCAAACACUUGUCACUGACUGUACUUGCAGGCUUGCUUGGGCUCUUGCCGUCAGCUUCAGAAUGGAGUUCCUGACUGUCUAGUACAUAAUGCACAGGCAAAAGGAGACCUUCCAAUAGAAGCACGUGAUAGAGAUCUUACUUUCUUUUUCUUAAACUAGUCUAAAAUGUUACAUUUUUAUCAGCAUUUAGUGAGUGAUUCAACCCCACAUUCCUUUCUCUUAAGAAUCCCAUUGAAAUCAAGAACAACAAAAUAAAUGAGCAAUUGGCAUUUCUGCAACAUUAAAUUAACUUGUUUCAAGUAAUCAAGGUAAUAGUUUGGAUUAUGUCUGGAGUCAGAGCAGCGACUAAUAAUUACUUACAUAGUAUUAUAGGGAAAUGCAUAUGACAUUCUGUUUCCUUUGUCAACUUUUUUCUCCAAUGUUGUUCAAUCUAUAACACAUUCAUUUAUAAUCUUCUAAGAUUAUUUUUAUUUCUUCCAAUUAGAAAAUAUAUUUUAAAAGUAAUUUAGUUUCUAUUGAAGCCUGGUUUACUAUUUCAAUCAUUCUCAAAUUUACAUCAAUUAUAAUGAUGUAAAUGUUACUGCUGAAGUGGAACUUUGCUGAUAGGUGAUUUCUGUAAUUUAAACCAGCUGAUUUCUAAAAUUUUAAGUCAAAAAUAUUAAAGCAAUUGUGUCUUUAUGUGUAUAUAUGUGUGUGAAAGUAUUUUGAAGAUGUUUUAUUUUUUAAUAAACAACACUUGUU